AUGGCGAGGCUGCGGAAGAGCAAACUAGCCGCUGGAUUUCUAUUACUUUUCCAGUGCCUGAGCGAGCGCUGCCAGCUCGCCGGCGGAACGACGGCGCCGAGGCAGAGCCACGGUGUGUUUUAUGAAGUUGUUCAGAGCUUCCCUGGGGUGGAGGACAAUGUGGAAGUGGCUACACAUGUGAGCAGCCACAGGUGGAGAAGGCACUCAGAGGCUCUCAAAUCAGUCAACACCAACAGAGCCAGCUUGGGGCAGGAUGCUGCCGAGCCAGGGGGGUUCUCGGAUGUGCUGCUGGAAGAGGGGCAUGACAACACCACCCAGAUUGAGGAGGAUACAGAUCAUAAUUACUACACCUCAAGGACAUAUGGCCCCUAUGAUUCGACCAGCCGGGAUCUGUGGGUCAAUAUAGACCAGAUGGAGAAAGACAAAGUCAAGAUCCAUGGGAUCCUAUCCAACACCCAUCGACAAGCAGCAAGAGUCAACCUGUCCUUCGAUUUUCCAUUUUAUGGCCAUUUUCUACGUGAAAUUACUGUGGCAACUGGGGGUUUCAUAUAUACUGGAGAAGUUGUGCAUCGAAUGCUAACAGCUACCCAAUAUAUUGCACCUUUAAUGGCAAAUUUUGACCCCAGUGUGUCAAGAAAUUCAACAGUCAGAUACUUUGAUAAUGGCACAGCACUAGUUGUCCAGUGGGACCACGUACACCUGCAGGAUAAUUACAACCUGGGCAGUUUCACUUUUCAGGCCACGCUUCUCAACGAUGGGCGAAUCAUUUUUGGCUACAAAGAAAUUCCUGUUGCUGUGACCCAGAUAAGUUCAACCAACCACCCUGUCAAAGUGGGACUCUCAGAUGCGUUUGUGGUCGUGCACAGGAUCCAGCAGAUUCCCAAUGUUCGUCGAAGAACAAUUUACGAGUACCACCGUGUGGAGCUGCAGAUGUCCAAGAUCACCAAUCUCUCAGCUGUUGAGAUGAUUCCUCUUCCAACUUGUCUCCAGUUUACCUCCUGUGGUCCCUGUGUCACUGCCCAGAUUGGUUUCAACUGCAGCUGGUGCAGUAAACUCCAAAGAUGCUCCAGUGGAUUUGACCGACACCGGCAAGACUGGGUAGACAGUGGCUGCCCUGAAGAGUCAAAAUACAAGAUUUGUGAGAAUGCAGACACAACUGAAACACCUCCACACUCCACCACCACCUUUCUGCCAACCACCACAAAGUUCAGAGUAUUAACCACCACCAGAGGAUCCAGCACUUCCCACCUGCCAACCAGCCUGCCCACAGAAGAUGACACCAAGAUAGCUCUGCACCUGAAAGAUAAUGGAGCUUCCACAGACGACAGCGCGGCAGAGAAGAAAGGAGGAACACUUCAUGCUGGCCUGAUUGUUGGCAUCCUGGUGCUGGUCCUCAUCGUGGCUGCAGCCAUCCUCCUGACCAUCUACAUGUACCACCACCCCACAUCAGCAGCCAGCCUCUUCUUCAUAGAGCGACGUCCAAGUAGGUGGCCAGCAAUGAAAUUCAGAAGAGGAUCUGGACAUCCUGCCUAUGCUGAAGUGGAGCCAGUUGGAGAAAAAGAAGGCUUCAUUGUAUCAGAGCAGUGCUGAGAUCUCUAGGACAAAACACCAGUACUGGCCUACAGGUGUAAGACAUUCACUUUGCCUCUCUUGAAAG